AUGGGAAAUUGGAGCACAGUGACCGAAUUCACCCUGACUGCCUUCCCAGCUUUCCUGGAGCUUCGGAUACUCCUCUUUGUGGUCCUCCUGUUGACUUACACCUUAACGGCAACAGGAAACAUUAUCAUCCUCUCCCUAAUAUGGACUGAUAACCGCCUUCAAACUCCAAUGUAUUUUUUUCUCAGUAAUUUGUCAUUUUUGGACAUUUUAUUCACAACUACUAUUGUCCCAAAGUUGCUAGCUUGCCUGUUAGAAGAGAAGAAAACCAUACCUUUUGCUGGCUGCAUCAUCCAAGUUUAUUUCUACUUCUUUCUGGGGACAGUGGAAUUUAUCCUCCUGGCAGUGAUGUCCUUUGACCGCUACGUGGCCAUCUGUAACCCCCUGCGCUACACCAUCAUCAUGAACAGCAGGACCUGCCUCCUGCUGGUUCUGGGCUGCUGGCUGGGAGCCUUUCUGUCUGUGUUGGUACCAAUCAUUGUAGUGACAAGGCUACCUUAUUGUAGCAAAGAAAUCAAUCACUUUUUCUGUGGCAUUGCUCCUCUUCUACAAGCGGCCUGUGUAGAUACUCACCUCAUUGAGAAGAUGAACUUUCUCCUAUCUGCCCUCGUCAUCUUGAGUUCCCUAGCGUUCACUACUGGGUCCUACACAUACAUCAUUUCUACCAUUCUGCGUAUCCCGUCAGCCCAAGGCCGUGAAAAAGCUUUUUCUACCUGCGCUUCUCACAUCACUGUCGUCUCCAUCACUUACAGGAGCAACAUCUUUGUGUAUGUGAGACCCAAUCAGAACUAUUCACUGAAUUUUGACAAGAUAGCUGCUAUCCUCAUUACCGUAGUGACCCCUCUUCUGAACCCUUUUAUUUAUAGCUUGAGGAAUGAAAAGGUGAAAGAAGUGUUGAGAGAGGCAAUGGACAGAAUCAUGUCCUUGAUACUAAGGAAAACUUGA